AUGAGUUGCCUAGUGUUGCCAUUAGUAAGUGUAGGGAAUAUACCGCAAUUGAGUAUUGACUGGCUGCUGAAUUCACAAGCAAAUGAGUGGGAAUAUUUAGAGGCGUUAGAUUCAAAAUACCUGGUGGAAUUUGUGGGACCACUAGACAGACCAGAAGAUGGUAGCGACUCGCUAUAUAAGGACGUUGAUAUGAAGUAUAGUAGCGCUUUGGAAGUUUUCUACAAUAAGAAGCGGGGAAUUUAUGCCAUACAGCAACGGACACCGCUCGUGUCUGUAAAUUAUUUGAAUAAUUUCAUUGUAGAAAUCAUCUUGCCGUUCUUGAGCAAGUAUAACAUAUCGGAAAUAUGCAUCUGGGACUCUCUAUGUGCAAUGGAAGACGAAAACGGUGUGAUUGUACGCCCACACGAGGUAUUUUCACUAGGUGAGUUUUACUUCGACGAUGAGGCUGAUCUUCUAUCGAACCUCCAUCUCAACGAUCAAGAGUCAAUGGUCAAUGAUUGGUUACAUUUUACUCCAGCCAGUUUUCAAGACAAGAUAUCCGUUGAUCAGCCGAUUUUCAAAAUCCUUUUCCAAAUACUCAAUGCGUCGCAGAGGCCUCAAGCCCUCCGCAGCAUCAAAUACUGUAGCUGUUUGGCCAAUGAGGGGGACAACUCAUUAGAUUCUCAAAAGUUCUUACAAUGGAUUAUUUCUCAAAAGACUAUCAACAACCUGCCACCAAUAGCAAAAUUUAUUAGGCCUAUAUCGUGGCAAGGUGCGUACGGAAUGCCAGAUUCAAGAGACAAAUUUGUAGAUUUAUACAAUUGA